AUGCCUCUCAACGAUGAUGCCGGAGAAAAAGUUGCACGAUUACACUCCCGCCAGGCACAAUACGACCUCCAGAUGGACCAGAUCAAAGCGGCAGUUAAAACGCCGAUGCCGCCGCGACGAUUCAAUACCUAUGAUGGAGUAUCCGACAGCCCACAUACGCCCCGUGGAUCAGUCAGAGGGAGGGAGAGCGACGUCGAUGGCCUCGGCCGGGCGGUAACGCCGAUGAAACGUGUUCCGAUAUUAGCCAACUUUGAGGAAUGGAUGAAAAUGGCAACGGAUAAUAAAAUCAAUGCCGCCAACUCCUGGAAUUUUGCCCUUAUUGACUAUUUUCAUGACAUGUCACUGCUAAAGGAGGGUGACGGUGUGAAUUUCCAAAAAGCAAGUUGUACACUGGACGGUUGUGUUAAGAUUUAUACUAGCAGAGUGGACAGUGUUGCAACAGAGACAGGGAAGCUACUCAGUGGAUUGGCAGACAGUGGGAAUAAGAAGAAACAGGGUCAGGGCGAAAGAGAAGAUGGAGCUGAGAAUGGGGACGAAGAAGAUGAGGAAGAAGAGGGUGAAGAGGGCGAGGAUGGAACCAGGAGAAAGACCCGAAAAAAGGCUCGAUCUCAUGAAUCCACACUAGCACCAUCUUUUGCUUCCCUGCAGCUAAAGAAGUUUGAGCUGGAAUUCUCCGUGGACCCCCUAUUUAAAAAAGCUUCUGCGGAUUUCGAUGAAGGUGGUGCGAAGGGGCUUCUUUUAAACCAUCUCUCAAUUGAUGGCCAGGGAAGAAUCGUUUUUGACAGUAGCGACGAUGCCAAUGCUAAUACCAUGGCUGAUUCGGAGACCCAAAAUAAAAGCAAUGAGGAGACCCAGGGAGAUGGACGAGAGGACAGUUUCAAGUCCCCAUCUCCCAGGCCUGCAACUUCUGACUCCAGCGACGACUAUUUAGACGUCGAUAUUCGUGGCUUAGCCGAGAGAUUCUUCCCUAACCUUGAUAUAUUAUCUGACCAUGAUAUCUGCCCCUCGUUAAAAGAUUUUGAUUUAGGCGACCCAAGCGGAUCACUCGAAAUCCCAUUCUUACGAGCUCCUGAGGACUGGAGGCAUGAUAAGCAACAGUCAGAGCAGCCAGGUCUUGGUGAUGCUUCCGGCAUCGUAUUAGAUGAUGAUAUUGCUAUCGGCUUUGAUGACGACGAUGAUGCAACAAUCACAGGGUUUGAUCUUGGAGGUGAAGCCGAAUUCGGCCAAGGUGGUGAGGCAUGGGCGCGAGAUGCCGCCUUAGAGCCAAUGCUAAAAGUGCAUCGCAUCAGCAAUAUCGGAGCUGGUGAUAAUAACGACACAACUAUUGGCUUUGAUAACGAUACUACUGAGAACGACCCCUUCGCUCUAUCCCUUUCACAUGGGAAUAGAGCACACGACCAUGACAAUAUCCUAAGCUAUUUCGACAAUGCUCUACGCAAAGACUGGGCCGGUCCUGAGCACUGGAAGAUUCGACGGAUGAAAGAUAUUACCGCCACAACUACUGCCCCCAGACAGCGCAAGGAAAAGGAACCCUUUGAGAUAAACUUCGCUGCUGAUCUAGAACCUGCAAUUGCCGAAAUGAUAUACGCUACUUCAGGCUCUAACUCCGCUAUUUCGCUACCAAAAUCUCAGUGGAAGACUAAGGGGCGGAAUUUAUUGCCGGAUGAUAAACAUUUCAAUUCUAAGGAGCUGCUUCGUCUUUUCUUGAAACCUAAGGCCAAGAUGGGCCUGCGUGGAUUGAAGAGCAGCAAUCGCUCCCGUCAACACGAUGCAUCUGGCCCUAAUAACGGCGAAAUGGAUGAAGCCUUCUGGGCAUCACAAAAGCAAAGCAUGGACCAGGCAGCGAACGAAGAGAAUGCUGCCCAAGGAACAUACGACGCUAACUUCUUUGCCGAUGAUGACGGUCUUGCGUUCCCACACGGCCUGCCGAUGGGUGAUGAUGACGAGGACGAUAACAUACCUUUUGCAGACGCUCGAGAGGCAUUCUCUCCUCCGUUAGACUCGGAUGCACAACCUUCGACAGCGUCUGGUGGUAUGACCGGUCUUAACGCGCUGCUGAACAGCGUUGCUACCCCGGGUGGAGCUCUGUUAGGAGGAUAUGGCUCCCAGCUUGUCACACAAGGUGGCCGAAGGGUGCGUCCAGAAUACGUCAAUUAUGCUCGCGUAGCGAAGAAGGUAGAUGUACGUCGUCUGAAGGAAGUGAUGUGGAGAGGUAUGGGCGAGCGUCUGGUCGCUUCAAUGUCUUUCAAUUCCGCCUCUCCUUCAGCGGCGGUCACAUCGACAACUGCCCCCGCUGAUCCAGCUCCGGAACCGACUGCUGGGGAAACCCCGCCAAACGAGGAAUCGGAAGAUCUCAAGAACAGCCUUCGUUUUACUGAUGUAAUGAAUGGCUUGAAGGAGUCCUAUCCUGAACAAGCAAUGCGUGAUAUCAGUACUUCCUAUGGUUUCAUUUGCCUUCUACAUUUAGCCAAUGAGCAGGGCCUUGUGCUAAAGAAUAGAGGCAGUAUGGAUGAUGACUGGGAGGGUAGGCUUGAAGAGAUAUAUGUGACAAAAGACGUUGGUGCUGUUAUAGAAGGGGAUGCAUAG